AUGUGCUCAUCGAAUGGGUCAACUGCUCGUGCAAAUAUCCACUUUGUUGGGUGCCUUUUGAUGAGCAUCCCGUUCUGCGUCACUAUUUGCUAUCUGCGCUGUUUGGGCCGCUACGAUUCGCCAAACUAUUUCUAUCUAGCAACACUCUUACGGGAUGCAAAACGGCGUGCAAAUGGUUACUUACCGCUGUUACGUCAGCCGGCAUCGGAUGACGACAUCGAACGAGUGGACAGACUUUCGCAGCUGGAGUUAUUGUACGACUAA